AUCCAUGACAAUCUGAGGAGGAGAACCACUGUUUGGUUGAACUGUUCAUAAAUGUGCUAUAUGUGAUAGACAGUGCUUCAUUUAACGGGAUGUAAAGCGAAAAAGUCAUUUGAGACCUUUAUUUUGAAUGUGGCAACCGGAAACACAGCCGCUUACUGCCGCUGACUUGACGCAGCUGCUCGCAAACACACACCGUCUCUUGGCGAACAUGGCGGCAACUUGACAACGGCAGCGAGAUGAAGACGGUGAGGGCUUGAAAAAGAAAAGAGGUCUGUUACAGGCUGUAGGCCCAUCCGCCGACACAAAGGCAGACAGCUUCGCCAUGUUGGAAGAGGAUAGCGCCCUUGUCCCUGCACGACCGAGGCCGGGGAAAACGUAAAACGCGUCGGUGAGUGUUUCUAUCAACGGAGUCGAGGCUACGCAGAGGAGCGGAGCGGCGCGGCGCGGGGCUCAGGGCGGACGGGAGGACAGCGGCUUCACCGGUCAGCCAUGGAGGAUGCGGCCCGUGGUCGCCAGCGUCUGAUUUGCCAUCCGGCCCACGCUCAUUUUAAUGGGAAUUACCGCUGAACGCAAAGGCAAGCCGGGACGACCCACCACCUGACACUUGAGGGGAGGAAAACGCGAAGCGGACCCCACGUCAAUGACUGUUGCGGCAGAGGAGCCCCCACGGUGGAGUCGGCCGGUUCCCAAAAUAUGACCAGGGGUGCUGGGACGUGUUGGCAGCAAGAAGAUGACGACGGCUUCCAAAUCUGGCUAGAGCCCCCCCGCGACAACCAAAAGCCAUUCACCGACUCAGAGAGGGCGCAGAGAUGGCGACUGUCCUUGGCAUCCCUCUUGUUCUUAACCAUCCUCCUCUCUGAUCACCUGUGGUUCUGCGCCGAGGCCAAACUGGCCCGGACCCGGGUCAAGAUCGCAUCCUCCAACCUCCUCUCACCCCAGACCCACUCAGCACACAGCAGCCUCAGCGGAAACCCAUAUGCUAUUUUUAUAGGAAACUCCACCAAACAUUUGUGGCGGCUUGAAACUUGCCACCAGGAUAGUUUGUCUAAAGACUGCUUUGCUUACGCAGAUGCCGACCUUUUGUGCGAGGGCCUUUCCGACAAAGAGGGGACGCGGGCUGUAAAUAUGAGCGAUUUGUACCUUUCCUUUUGUAACUCCUACUCUCUGCUGGAUUUGUUUUACGGGUCGACAAGUCCGGACAAUUUGAACUGCAGCCUCGACGUGCUCGGCGAUGGCGACACCUCCAGAUGCAUCCUGUGCGUCCAGGCGUACCAGCGCUACGACCAGCACGCCCAGGAGAAAUACGAGGACUUUGAGCUCCUGACUCAGAAAUACGAGCCGGGGGAAUAUUCAGUGAGGACGUGCAUGGAGCAGUGCAAGACGGCCUAUAAGCCCUGGCUGUGCGCUCAGUAUUUCCCCACCACCCAGCAGUCCUGUCAGAAGAGGGUACCGUGCCACCAGUACUGCCUGGAGGUCCAGCAAAGCUGUCCGUUCAUCCUGCCUGACAACGACGACCUGAUCCACGGCGGCAGCCCCAGUUUCAUCUGCACAGGGCUCUUGGGAGAUCAUCUAUCAGACAGUGAGGCGGAGUGCUGCGACGUCCGAUGGGACUCCAAAAUGGACAACCCCUCAGGUGGGACACUAAAAAGGACUGCUUCUUCCUGCCAGCCCGAGGGGGCCUCGGUCACCUCCGCUGCCACCCCGAGACUGUGCAGCGGGCGACUGAAGAUCUGCCUGCUGGCCCUCGUCCUCCUACACACUGUCAUCAUCAUUUCAGCCUCCCAUAAUUCUACGCUGGUGGGCGUGGCUGCCAUUUUCUCGCCGGAGGAGAGCGCUUCUAACGAGGAGUGAACCUUGGGGUUGAAUCUGGUGCUUGUAAAGAGUGAUGUCGCUCGAGAGGAUUAUGGCUUUUACAAUGUCAUGGCCGCCAGGGACACAUCUGGCGAGACGUGCAGGAAAUGCCUCUACAAUCUGCCGCAGAUGAACCAUCAACCACAGGAAGUGGGAGGGUUUUAACUGGAGCUAAGGGUGCUGGGAUUGGACAUCGACCGAACCGAGAUGUUUGAGAACCACCCCCCUAAAGAACUGACCUCUUGCCACUUGAAACCUGCUCAUUGUUUCUAUUCCAUCCAAAUGUUUUCUAGCAUAUUGUCCCUCCUCUCCCCUCCGUCCCUUCCCUCCCCUCCACCCUCUCCCUCCGUUUUCGGUGUGUGUGUAUGGAUGGCACGUCGGAGGAAAAAAACGGACAUCGAUGAAGUGUGCGCUCUCACUCAUCAUUACCUUUAGAGUUUUGCUGCAUUUUUUCAGGUGCCAGAAUGUUUUGACAUAUCAACUGUGUUCCACUACCCACUCUCCAUCACCUCUGAGGCAUCGUCUCACUACCUUGAAUGAGGUGUCGCUCGAGGGCCUGCCAGGACCAGCCCAUCCAUCAUUCAUGUGGGUCUUGUUUCUCUGAAAACAAAAAAUGUAUGUGAUUCUUCUAUAUCCAGCUUGUAUUUUGUCCCGAUAGAGCUUAUUUUCAACCCCUUACGACAGUACAUGCCUACAUGUUUUAGGACCUUAAGUGCUCUGAGACUGGCUCGCUUUCUCUUCUAACUUGUUGGGCCAUUGAGCAAGUUAGGAGCGAUGAAGUGGCAAAAGGUAGUGACGGGUCGGCUAAUGCUUACGUGGCGGCGUUGCAGGAGUUCGUGCUGAGUCGCUUAGUCGCCAGGCAGUGCUCCUGGACAGGAAGUGGUGUUCUCUGGUUGCUAAAGUGUUCAGUUUACCUCAUACGGUAGAGUCGGUGUUGCAGACGGGCAGCCCGGUGGCUCGUCUUUAACGCCACAGAGUACUCAGAGUUGUCGUACAUGAGACUGCAGGGACAACCCAGGUACACUAGAGAAUAGUUGCAUGAUGCCAAAACACCAGGGGCCUCAUUUAUCUAACAUGCGUAUGCUUGUUUCCACUCACAGAAUCCAAUGUAUCAGUUUAUUCUUGUGCUUGGCUAUGUGGACUAUCAGAACCACUCCCCACCAAUAGGAUCAGCCAUGGAGGAACUGAACGACAAAAACACAGGUUUUUAACACAUUGUCUCCAGUGAUGUCGCUAAAGUGCACUGUGGGUAACGUAGGCAGGACUCAUUAUGGACAAUUUAAAAACAAAUGAUCAAAAUCGAUGCAGCAGAACCAGAAAUAUCGCCUUUUUUAUCCCAUAGAUUCUACUUCCUUUUCAUAACCUGGCACCUACAUUACCCACAAUGCAGCUACGUCAAUGAGUGACAUCACUGGAGGCAGUUUGUCAGAUCACACGCAGCUUCCUGUGGAGCCACAAACAGCUUUUCAUGACUUUUUUCACAUCUGCAGAAGUACUCCCCAAGACCUGUGAGCAAUUAAAACAAAAGGUGGUAUUGUUGCCCUUCAAACCAGGUAUAUUAAUACUUGAAGUGUGGUUGACCAUGUGUGGCAUUCUGGGGGCGUGUCGACAGUUUCUACACACACAUUAAGAACUUGUUCUGUGCUCAGUUUGAUAAAUGAGGCCCCAGAUCUUUGAGUGCCUCUCUGCUGCGUACGCCCAGUGAGGCAGAUACUGGCAAUGGAGCAAUAUAGACAAAAAAAAACAGAAAGAACAGCCAGUGUUAGUGUACUUUGUGGCAUCUUCACUACCGUUGGCUUUACCAAGUCAGUGCGAGUGACCAGCCAAUCAAUCAAUCAAUCAAUCAAUCAAUCAACAAUCAAUCUGUCGACUCGUAAGUACCCUUAGACGAGCUGAUCAACUGCUGUCUGUCUGUCAGACUAGCAAAGGGCUGCGUUAGUGUCAGCGUGCGAGGAGUGUGAGGAGUUUUCAAGGGCUGAUCCAUCCGAUUUUGUUCUUCUUUUUCUUUUUUCCUUUUUUUUUGCAUGGCUGCUGCCAGUAAAGUGCACAUUGACACGAGGGUGAGUCACGCAGGGAUUAAGAAGAGUUUAAACUCCCCUCUUUGGCUAGGAAUGUAGAGAUUGGACGGAAAAGAUUUAUUUGACAUAAAAAAAAAUUAAAAAUCUGAUACUGCGAGCCAACUAGUGAUACACCAGAACUAAAGCUAAGGAUGCUGAAGCUCAUUUUGCCUCUAAUGAUCAGUGAAAGACAGAUUUGGAAUUUAAAUCUCACCUCCAAAUUGUUCUUGGCUGUGAAAAACAUGGUACCAGCCUUCCCCCCUGCCCUUCCCCCAUUAACAGCUUGACCUUACCUCGCCUCACAUCGCCUAACGACCAUGGGUUUGCUCUUCACACACUCAUCAUCGGAGCGGGAUUUCACAUGGAAGUUGCCUCUGGAUUUUCAAAAACAAAAAAAAUGCAGUUCAUAGACUUUAGCCCCCCCGGUCCCUCUUUGCUUGGUAUUCUCGUGUGACGUGUUGUUCUGUUCGUUUUGGUUUUUUCCUUGACAAACUGUGAUGAAACAUUCCCCUGAAGACAGCAGCGGAUGUAAUAGGCCCACACUUUGUGCUCCGUCCCUUCGAUCUCUAGCUGUUCACGAUCUGAGUCCUGUGGAUCUAUGCAGAUGAGCCCCGCCUACCCUCCCUGACCACCGCCACCACCACCACCGCCACUAUCACCAACCCCCCUUGUCCUUUCUGUUGUAAAUAUGUUCUGAGGAUGUGGGAUCUCAAAAUGGCCGCCCCCACCCUUCCCAGCCCUCCCCGACACCUCCCCCCCCUCCACCCCACUGUUGGAAUCUCACUGUGUUUUCUGUUCGCCUCCUUGGUUUUUGUCUGUUUUUUGAGAUUUUUGCCGCAUUUUUCUGUUGUCUAAAGCAGUGGUGUGAGUUGAUGAGUAGGACUAAGUUGGAUGUUAAAAAGACGAGAUAAAGAGGUCUUGAGAAAAAUAUACAAAAAAAAUGAAGCUUGAAUUGAGAAAAGGGUUCAAAUAUAGAGAAAAAAAAUAUGAUAAAGUUGUCAUAUUGUCAUACUAGAGAUGCUUUAGUUUGCUAAUUUACUUUCUUUUUUUUCUACAAAAGACUUGGAUGAAAUUAUUUAUAAAAUGCGUCCCACGAGUCAUGAUCUUUUUUGGACGUAAAACAAAUACAUUUAUUAACAUUUUGUUCAAAAGAAAAUAAAUAUAAAUUAUGUUAAACAUUA